CGUCCCAAUACACUCCCCACAACAAUGUCCCGCCGCACCGACCGCUUCAUCCUCGACCUCUCCGACGACGAAGACCCCCCCACCACACAACCCUCCGCCACUCCAGAUCCCUUCAUACGAGAUAUCAUCGAGCGCACGCCCUCGGCCCCGAGACCACCCACGGCGCCCGUGUUGAAGCAGACGCCGACGGGCUUCCCGGAGCAUAGGAAGAGGGCGAGUAGGCUGAACACUGCGAGAGGGCGUGCGGCCGCGCUGACACCACAAGCGCCGCCACGGAAUGGAGGUGCAAUGGGGACGGGGAGGGUUGGAGAGGGCGUGUUUGACAAGGACGUGGACGAGAGGACGCACAUCGAUUUGGAAAACCAGAAAAGGAUCGCUGCCAUGUCGCCCGAGGACAUUGAACAGGAGCGCAACGAGUUGCUGUCCGCGCUCGACCCGAACCUAGUCCGUAUGCUCAUGUCCCGCGCCGAGAAGAAGAAGGCGGCACCCGUAUCGGAUGCGGCGCUGGUUCACAACAUGAAAGGCGAUUUGACGGGGGGGGGUGCGAAGGGUGGGAGCAGGGUUGAUGCGAAGAAGGAGGUGGGGUUGGAGGAUUAUCUGAAGAGGGCCAAUAUGGAUGAUGGGAGGGGGGAUACAUGGGUUGAGACGCCCGAGCCGCCUGUGGUCGAAGUUACGGAAGAUGAUGCGUCCCCUGCGGCAGCGGGGGCGGAGGAGGAAAGGAAGGAGAGAGCGACAGCCACGAGGAUUGCCAAACCGAAGGGGAGGAGGGUGGAACCCACAAGAGCAGUUCACUGGCUCGAAAACGACGAGGCGGAACCCAAGGAGAUGCCCGGGUUGCAGCCCGGGUCGGAGUGUAAACCACGAGGACAUAGGCACCCUUCCACUACCACCACCACCUCCGACCAACCCACCGACACCACCGCAGAUACCACAGGCACAACCACCGACUCAACAGAACCCAUCGAAAACACCCUCCACUUCCCCCGCCCCCCAACCCUCCCCGAUCUCGACCCCUCAUCCCCAAACUUCCUCCAAGACCUCCACACCGCCUACUUCCCCUCCCUUCCCUCCUCCUCAGCAUCUCUAGCAUGGCUCGCCCCUUUACCCACCCCCGGCUCCCCGGCCGAUUUGGAGUCCACCUACCACCCCUCCCAGACUUCCAUCCCUGCUUCAAGUUUACGGUUUGAUUUCAGGGGACAGUUGCUACCACCCAGGAUAUCCCGCGCGAUGCCAGGAGAUAGGGGGUUACACCACCACGCAGACGCUCCAGAGGCUGGUGGGUAUACGAUCUCCGAACUCUCCGGCUUACUCCGCAGUUCCGUACCCCAGCAGCGGGGGCUAGCGGCGAUGGUGAUGGGACGGAUACUGUAUAGGCUUGGGAAAGGGGAGUGGGGCGCGGGAAGCGAGGUUACGAUGGGGUUGUGGAGGUGUGUGGAGGAAGGGGGGGUGGUGGGGGGGUUGGUGGGGAUGGCUGGGGAGGGAGAGGGAGGGGGAGGAGAGAAGCAUAGGAGUGUGAAAGCCUACGCCACCGAAGCCGUCUGGCUCUGGCGCCUAGGCGGCGGAAAGGUAAUGGGCGCCAUCUAACCCAUCCGCCCUCACAUCCAUGAGAUAUGAUGAAUCUACUACAUUUAAACCCAACCCCAUCGACAAACACCGUCCGAUGACAGUGGCAUGGCGAGGCGAGAGGUGGGGAUACUCCCCCACCCUUCCGGCUGAGCAUCUGCGUACGUACCAUGGUUCAGCUGCACAGUAUCAUUACGCUCCGUCUCCACCCACCCUCGCGUUAUGGGGUGUGCUCUCACUUGAUUCUAUCCAAAGCACUCCAAGUCAGAGGCUCCAAAUCAUCACAAGUACUGUGCAAUCUGAGCGGCCCCUUUGCAAUGGUGGGAAAUAUGAAGGUGAGAACUCCGUCCUUCAUAAACCGGACUAGCUUCUGGCUGAGCGCGUGGGUGGGUGAAUCAGUUGUCCUCUAUGGCGUGGCGCACCCAUUCUCUGGGUGUGCAUCGAUCACCUUCAUUUUGUCUGAUGUGGUAGUUCUUCGUGUGUGUUGGUCAUAUAGCCAAGACUGGAUUUCGAAUUGGGAUUCUAGGUAGAGAGCAAGUUUUAGUUCUAAUUGGAGUUCAUGAGCUAUACACACCAAGUCC